UCCAUCAGAGAAAAACAAGUCCGUGGAAGUCUUCUUGUGCCACCGACUCUAACGUGGAAGUUGAUCCCACUAAAAUAACUCACCGGGCGGACGCGGGCCAGCCAGCCGCCAUGGCGCGCGAUGCAGCCGGCGGCGGACACCUCCACGAAUCGGUCCUCCUCCUCCCCUUCGCGGUUCUGCUCCAGCGGACGGGAGCCGCUGAAUCCGCCUUGGCACUGAGUUAAAAGCAAAAAAAAAGAAGAAAAAAAAAGGCAAAGAAAAAAAGAAAGUAAGGAUUAUAAAGGCAAAUAUGCUGCGGCGAGGGUCGAUCGGAAGCUGCGGGCACCAGCGGCACCAGACGGACCUUCAUUCCGCAUGAUCCUGCCCGGGGGAAGGAGACCGAGAGGCGGGCGAAAAGUUGGACGCAGUUGCGGCUUGGAGGACGGAUAAGGACUCGGCAAAGGUCUCUGGUUCCAAAUGCCACCCUCCUUGGACUCUGCCCCAGUGGGGGAACGGCAGCGGUGUGUGACGGACAGGCGAGCAGAGCCUGCGGCGGCUUCAGACCGGCCCCGGAGCAACCAGUGAAGAAGCCCUGCCUUGGUCUGACGUCCCGUCACGGAUGGAGUUGCUCAAAGGACUGGCCAGUGAGACCACUGAUCUUCAUUCGAGGACUACAGGAUUACAUCCGCAUUUUCCCCGUCGUUUCAAAGUAACCGACAUUACCGAACGCUCCCUGGUGGACUUUUUUUUUUAAGUUUGGUAUUUGGUGGUUUUAGCCAUCAUUGCCAAUUUGAUUCACUCGGUCACAGUUCUUUUUUUUAUUGUUGGGUUUCCCGGUUUCCGCUUUUUUUUUGUUCCACUAUGGAGUUUCUGGCCGGACCCUGGAAUAAGGAUUGGACUUCAUUCUUGCAGUUUUGGUUGACUGUGAUCUUAAGCCUUCAAACGCAAUUCAGCCCAGUUGCCUCGUGUCCGGACGAGUGUCGUUGUGACAAGUUAUUUGUGUACUGCAAUGAACGCAGCCUGACAUCAGUGCCUCUGGGGGUACAGGAGGGCUACACUGUGCUCUACCUGCACAACAACCAGAUCAACAAUGCUGGCUUCCCCCUCGAACUUCACAAUCUGGCUUCCGUGGAGACUGUGUAUCUCUAUGGCAACCAGCUGGAUGAGUUUCCUAUCAAUCUGCCCAAAAACACCAGAGUACUGCAUCUCCAGGAGAACAAUAUUCAAACAAUCUCCAGGGCAGCGCUAGCACAGCUGACUCGUUUAGAGGAGUUGCACCUUGAUGAUAACUCCAUCUCCACAGUGGGGGUGGAAGAAGGGGCCUUUAGGGAGGCAUUGAGCCUCAAACUCCUCUUCCUCACCAAGAACCACUUAAGCAGUGUUCCCAUCGGCCUCCCAGAGGACCUUAAGGAGCUGCGAUUGGACGAGAAUAGAAUCGCCGUCAUCGCAGAGGAGGCCUUCCAGAAUGUGACCCGUCUGCAGCGCCUCCUGCUGGACGGGAACCUGCUGACGGACGAGGGCAUCGCACCAGGGACAUUCCAGGGGCUGGCCAGCCUCCGUGAGCUGGCGCUGGCCCGCAACUCCCUCACGUUCCCCCCUCCCCUUUUACCGAGUCAGUCGCUGGUCAAGCUGAGCCUGCAGGAGAACCAGAUCGACCAGAUCCCAGUGGCGGCUUUUGCCGACCUCAACAGGCUGGAGAGGUUGGACAUUUCCAGCAACCAACUUCAGACGCUGACGCAGGGUGUGUUUGACGGCCUGUCCAGCUUGAGGCAUCUCAUGGUGCGGAAUAACCCGUGGCGCUGCGACUGCGCGGUGAAAUGGGUGGUGGUGUGGCUCAAGUCGUUGCCUUCCGCCAUAAACGCCAGAGGGUUUGUGUGUCAGAGUCCGGACAGGGUGCGCGGCAUGGCGAUCCGAGAGCUCACGUUGGAUAUCAUCGACUGCUCGGUCGACGCCGAGCAACCGUCGUGGCCUACCAUUCGCUCCACGCCUCCUCCGCCGCCCACCACCACCCCUCUCACCACCAUGAUCUCCACUCUUUCAACCACAUCCAUUCCGGACUACUUAGACUCACCUUCCCCACCCUUACCCCCGAUCUAUAACAAUCCUCCCGGGCCCCUUCCUCCUUACGAGGACCCCCUUCAAAUCUCCUUCCAUGUGGUCAACUCCACCAGCAUCGACGUAAGCUGGGCUUCCUAUUUCACCGUCACAGCCUACAAAGUCACCUGGGUCAAAAGGGGCCAAAGCCAAAUAAAUGAAGGGAUGCAGGAGCGGACAGUGAGCGGUGUCCAACGACACACCAGCAUCGCCGAUCUGGAACCCCGGUCCGUGUACCGGAUUUGUGUGCACGUUCUGGACACCCAUAACUCCUACAGACCUGGAGAGGAUACAAUAUGCUCUGAGGCCAGGACCAAGGCAGCCUCUCCGACUAAGUCUCCCGGUUCGGGGCAAGCGCCAAAGGAGAGCGUUAACUCCACGUUGUUAAUGGCCGGCAUCAUCGGCGGGGCGGUGCUGGUCAUCUUGGUCACGCUCCUCAGCCUGUUUUGCUGGCACAUGCACAGGAAGAGCCGGUCGGCUUCGGCAAAGUGGAAAUACAACCGCGGCCGCAGAAAAGACGACUACUGCGAGGCCGGGACCAAGAAGGAUAACUCCAUUCUCGAGAUGACUGAAACCAGCUUCCAGAUAGUGGCGCUGAACAACGAGCAGCUGCUCAAGGGCGAUUUCCGCAUCCAGCCCAUCUACACGCCCAACGGGGGGAUCGGAUUUAGAGACUGUCACCUCAGUAACAACAGCUUGGCCUACUGCAAGAGCAGCAACGUGCCCAGUACCGAGUUUUGCCACACGUGACGAUGCGGCACUCCCACAAACUGGAGAUGACAAAUACAAACAAUACACACGCUGUUUGUGUAGACUACAACAGAAACGCUUACAAAAUCAUAGUAAAAUAUUAACUGUACUAUAUAUAUAUAUAUAUAUAUAUAUAUACAUAUAUAUAUAUUUCCAAGUUCUGUCAAUGAUGUAAUUUAUACUGUGGAUAAUAAUGUGGGGAUCUCUGAUAUCUUUUUUAUUCAUAGGAAAAACGAGAUCCAAGUGUUUUGGCCUUUUUUUUUUUCUUAAAAACAGCAGGGUUUCGAAAGUUGUUUUAAUGGUCAGUAUCGUACAUAAACACACGAUUUGUACAAUCACGGCACCUCCGGGGGUGUGUAGCUUCUGACAAACGCUGUCAGCCUCGGAACACUUUGCUAACCACAGAAGCAGAAAAAAAAUAAAUAAAUAAAAAUAAAAA